GCGCUAACGGGGCAACAUGGCGGACAAGAGGGAUAAUUUGGCCGACCAGAUGAAGCUGUGGAAGAAUGGCCGGGGCUCUCAGAAACCAGAUGUCCUUACCACCGGCGGGGGCAACCCUAUAUCCGACAAGCUUAAUCUCCUGACCGUCGGCCCUCGGGGACCCCUGUUGGUGCAAGAUGUGGUAUUCACUGAUGAAAUGGCACAUUUCGACAGGGAGAGGAUCCCAGAAAGAGUUGUCCAUGCUAAAGGAGCAGGUGCUUUCGGCUAUUUUGAGGUCACGCAUGACAUCACGAAAUACAGCAAGGCCAAGGUGUUUGAGAACAUUGGGAAGAGAACUCCAAUUGCCGUGCGGUUCUCCACUGUCGCCGGAGAGGCCGGCUCUUCUGACACAGUACGAGACCCCCGAGGCUUCGCUGUUAAGAUGUACACAGAGGACGGGAACUGGGAUCUGACUGGAAACAACACCCCCGUCUUUUUCAUCCGAGAUGCCAUGUUGUUUCCAUCUUUUAUCCACUCUCAGAAAAGGAACCCACAGACUCAUUUGAAGGACCCAGAUAUGGUGUGGGAUUUCUGGUCUCUGCGUCCCGAGUCUCUUCACCAGGUUUCCUUCCUGUUUUCUGACCGUGGUAUUCCAGAUGGUCACCGCCACAUGAAUGGCUACGGAUCCCACACUUUCAAGCUAGUCAAUGCCAAAGAUGAAGCUGUCUAUUGUAAAUUCCAUUACAAGACUGACCAAUGCAUCCAGAACCUCACAGUGGAUGAAGCAAACCGAUUGGCUGCCAGCGACCCUGACUACGGGAUACAUGACUUGUAUGAAGCCAUUACCACUGGUAACUACCCAUCGUGGAGUUUCUACAUCCAGGUCAUGACUUUCGAGCAAGCGGAGAGAUUCAAGUUCAAUCCCUUUGAUUUAACCAAAAUCUGGCCACACGGCGAUUAUCCACUCAUUCCUGUGGGUAAACUGGUGCUAAACAGAAACCCAACCAACUACUUUGCAGAGGUGGAGCAGCUGGCUUUUGAUCCAAGUAACAUGCCCCCUGGCAUUGAGCCCAGCCCAGAUAAGAUGCUGCAGGGGCGACUUUUCUCCUACCCGGACACUCACAGACAUCGCUUGGGGCCAAAUUAUCUGCAACUGCCUGUAAACUGCCCUUACAGAACUCGGGUGGCCAAUUACCAGCGGGAUGGACCCAUGUGCUUUACGGACAAUCAGGGUGGAGCUCCGAACUAUUAUCCCAACAGCUUCUGUGCUCCUGAGAACCAACCUCAAGUGAGGGAGCACAGAUUCCAGGUGUCGGCCGAUGUUGCUCGCUACAAUAGCUCUGAUGAGGACAAUGUUUCACAGGUGCGGGACUUUUACGUGAAAGUUCUAAGUGAAGAGCAGCGUCUGCGUCUAUGUGAGAACAUUGCUGGACACCUGAAGGAUGCUCAGCUAUUCAUACAGAAGAGAGCUGUGAAAAAUUUCACUGAUGUUCACCCUGAGUAUGGUGCCCGGAUCCAGGCUUUGUUGGAUAAGUACAACGCUGAGGGGGCAAAGAAGAAAACUGUGAAGACCUACACCCAGCAUUCCUCUUACGCCACUUCUAAGGACAAAGCCAACCUGUAGCCUCCCGGCUCCCAGAAUCAUCCGUCCAGGAGCUAUUUAAUCUGCCAUGUAACUUUAACACAUAAAUGAUUGUCCUACAAUUCAACGGAGUAUUUUAUGUCCUUCCUGCUGAUUUCCCAGUGGCAGAUUUACUACUCAGAUACUCAUUGGCUGCACGCUCUGCCCUCUCUAAUGUCUGUAGAAAACUGACAAAAUUCUUCUCUAAAAACUGAUUUGCGUAGGAAAAAGUAAAUGUUAUUAACUGGAAUAAUCCCAAUGGGUUAAUACAAGUUUAAGUUUUAUUGAGUUGCCAGAGGCUUCCCCCCCAUGGGGUUAAAAAUGCUGUUUUGCCUUAAACCAGAAGCACGAGUAUAUUAAUAUGGCUAAUAGAACAGAAUGAUUUAUGUUGCACUUAAUAAAGAAAGCACUUGGGACAGGCAGUUGGGGUACUUAGGGGCUUCCAAACCAGUGUCAUGAUGAGGUCACUGAUCUGUCUGGGAGUCGUGGGAUAUAUCUACUAACAGAGAAAGGAUUGCCUGAUUCAUUCUUUUUCUUACAAUUAACCUGUUAACUACUAAUGUACUUUUAUUAUUAAAAAUGACGCAUUCUGAUC